UCCCUCACCGCCCCCCUCGCCCGCCCUCAGGGCCGCCCAGAGCCGCCGUGGGGACGCGCUCCCAGCGCCCUGGGCUCCCCCGCUCCCGCCGCCCGGGCCGCGGCGACGCCCGCCGGCCAAGAUGCUGAGCUUUUUCCGUCGAACCCUUGGACGGCGGUCUAUGCGUAAACAUGCCGAGAAGGAAAGGCUGAGAGAGGCCCAGAGAGCUGCAACCCACAUCCCUGCAGCUGGGGACGCAAAAUCCAUCAUCACUUGCCGAGUAGCGCUGCUGGAUGGAACAGAUGUCAGCGUGGACUUGCCGAAAAAAGCCAAAGGCCAGCUCCUGUUUGAACAGAUCAUGUAUCAUCUGGACCUUAUAGAAAGUGACUACUUUGGAUUAAGGUUCAUGGAUUCUGCACAAGUGGCACAUUGGCUGGACAACACAAAAAGCAUUAAAAAGCAAGUUAAAAUUGGCCCACCCUAUUGUCUGCAUUUUCGUGUAAAGUUUUAUUCAUCAGAGCCCAACAACCUACGGGAAGAGCUAACGAGGUAUUUAUUUGUCCUGCAGCUAAAACUGGAUAUUCUUAGUGGAAAGCUGGAAUGUCCUUUUGACACAGCCGUCCAGUUGGCAGCUUAUAACAUGCAAGCUGAACUUGGAGACUAUGAUCCUGCUGAACAUGUCCCUGAACUGGUGUCUGAGUUCAGGUUUGUUCCCACUCAGACUGAAGAGAUGGAACUAGCCAUUUUUGACAAGUGGAAAGAAUGCAGGGGGCAAACACCAGCACAGGCUGAAACUAACUACUUAAACAAAGCUAAGUGGCUGGAAAUGUAUGGUGUAGACAUGCACAUAGUCAAGGCAAGAGAUGGCAAUGAUUACAGCCUGGGACUAACACCUACAGGAGUUCUUGUCUUUGAAGGAGACACCAAGAUUGGUUUGUUUUUCUGGCCAAAGAUAACAAGGCUUGACUUCAAGAAGAACAAACUCACUCUAGUUGUUGUUGAAGAUGAUGAACAGGGAAAGGAGCAGGAGCACACUUUUGUCUUUAGACUGGAUCAUCCCAAAGCCUGCAAACACCUGUGGAAAUGUGCAGUGGAACAUCACGCCUUCUUCCGGCUCCGAGGUCCUGUCCAAAAAAGCUCCAGCCGCUCGGGCUUCAUUAGGUUAGGAUCCCGGUUCCGAUACAGUGGGAAAACAGAAUACCAAACUACCAAGACCAACAAAGCCAGGAGAUCAGCAUCCUUUGAAAGAAGACCCAGCAAGAGAUAUUCAAGACGAACACUACAAAUGAAAGCACAUACUGCUAAACUUGAAGAAACAAGUACUGCAAACCACGCUGUUAACAACCAAACCAAUGGAUCACAGAGCUGGAAUGCAAAGCCAAACCUACCUGUCCUAACAGCCAUUCCUUCUGCCCCUGUCUUGGUGGAAAUAGAAAACCUCCCAAGGAGCCCAGGAGCCAGCCAGCAAGACAAGAAGUGUGUACCUGUUGUUGAUCUGCUAGACAGCACAGAGUGUCCAGAAACUUGUGUUGAUGAUGCCUUAGGCCGUCCAGUUGUUGGCUUGGCAACAGGAGAUUCAGAAGUGGCUGUUAGUUGUCCUGGCACAAAGGAAACAGCUGCUGAAAAAGCAGACUCUGAUCCAUUUGAAGAUACAUUCCUGAAGCUGAAACAGCUGGAAACGGAGUGCAGCAGCCCCGUGCUAACUGAGCGUCCCAACGUAAACAUAAACGUACAGGAUGAAGUGGUAAAGCUGACAGAUAAAUGUCUCAAUAAUGCCAUUGAGAGCCCAAUCACAGCACCAACAUGGCUUCCAGCAGAUAUCAAAAGCAAUAUCCUGAAGGCUCAGGCAGAAGCAGGGCACAAGGUCAUAAGAGAAGACAGCCUGACAGGUCUCAAGAAUUCCAAUAUUCAGGAUGCUGCUGCCAGGAACAUUCUUCUGUCAGGCAAAACACAGAAUUGUGCCCCAGCCACCAGUGCAGCAUUUCAAGACCCAAGAGAGCUCCUGAAAGGAAUUUCUGCCUCCAACACCUUUGUUUCUAAUGUGUUAAAUGAGGACCAUGCUGCCUCUAACCAUGAGGACCUGCUGAUUCCAGCUAACCUGGCUCCAGCUGAGGAGGCUUCUGUUUCAAAGGCAUCUUCCCAGCCCAUAAUAACACCAAGGUGGAUAGUGCCAACUGGAUUGAUUUCCAAUGGGCCUUUGGGAAAUGAUAUUGCCUUAGCUAUGAAGGCAGUGAAAGGCAGCACAGAGACCUUGUUGUCACCAACUGGAUUGCCACCAUCCCAGCAGACAUCCGAAGUACUUGCAAGCCCAGUUACUGAGGAUGCUACAAUAAGAACAAAGUGUUUACUCACCACUGAACUCUAGAAGAAGGACUUUCUGCACUUCUCACCUUGUAAAAACUCAAAUCUAACAGACCUGCGAUGGAUCCUUCCAAAAGACUUGCUUGGGAUCAAAUUCUUGCUGAACAGGAGUCAAACAGCCAGCUGGUUUGCUAGGAUCCAGGAAGGGACUCCCACAUGUAUUAUAACUUAACUGGAAUUACAGUCUAAACCGAGAUAUGCAACCACAUGCACGUUUGAUCUGCUCCCUCAGGAGAAGUGAAAUACCACACUGAAGCUCCUUGUGUUCCACUCACAAUGGGUUUAGCAUUACCCUGUGCUGCCUCUCAAGUGCUCAUGGAAAGUGUUCACUGUGCUGUUAGCUGUGUGGUGUCUCAGCACGGUGUCCCUGACCUCUGUAGAUGAAUACUGGAAAGAUUAGGAGAACUUGUAGGGCCACCUUGUGGCUGCUCCAGUGGCUCACAGUAACAAUGACUGAUACGGCCAAGGAAAUUCUCUUCUGUGGGAUUAUUCCCUCUGUUUUUCCUUUGUUAUACUAACACAUUCUCUCCUUUUUGGCCUUAAACCUCUUGUUACAGUACCUGGAAAGAAUUAAAAUCUAGUCUAUCCGUGACCAAGUACAUUGACUGGAUUUGAGCUGCUCAUUGCAACCAGGAAAAGGCAGAUAAACCUGCCAAAUAGAUUAUAAAACGAGCAGACUACAGCACAGGUCCCACAUUUUGACACUGGUGAUUUCCUGUGUGACUCAAAUACAUGCAAUUUUAGCCUAGAUAUAUGUAUGUUUUAAAUGCUGAAGCAGUGAAGGUAUAAGUACAGCUUACUUCAGGAGCUGCUUAUUGGUUGGUUUGUUUUGUUGUCAUGUAGGAAAAGGAAGGAAAAUAAUUUUCUUGUUUCAUACUGUUUCUGGGUGUUGUUUCCAGAUGCUGUGCUUUGGGAAUACUUGCCAGGUUUGUUAGCAGCAUGAGACUACCAGAUCAGCUCUUAGCACCAUCUUGAAUCCUAUUCUGAGUGUCAUCCAAGAGUUGGAUGUGGAACAAAGAAUAGAAGGAAUAAGGUGAAAAUGGGAAAAAAAAGAUUAAAAAUUCCUCUAAGCAGUUCACUACUUUGUAUUAAGAAGGUAGGAGCAUGUGCAAGAGCACACUCCAUGGAGCUGGGGAAGGCAUUUUGCUGCUCUGGUGAAGUAUGGGAUACAGUUUGUAGUUUUGAAGAGAUCGUUUGAAUCCUGGGCAGCAGGAUCCUUAUGUGGACAUGUAGAGGUGAGCACACAGCUGCUGGGAUACAGCCUGUGAAAAAGGUCAAUAAAGAUUCAGGGAACUCACCUCUCCUAACGGGGAAGCACAAAUGAAACACCUGGGAUCUUUCCUAGGAUGAGUUUUGUACAUUGACUGGGGCUGGAGAACAUUUUCUGCAUAGUGCUACUGUUUAUUUAUAUACACGUGGUUCUUAGAAGUAAUUGUAAAUGUGAAGAUUGUUUCUGAGGACCUGUAUGCACAACCUGUUUCUGCACACUGCCUGCCUGCACAUCUCUCAGUGUAGACAGAGAUUUGGACCAAACCACUGUGGGUUGUGUAGGCAAGCUGCUGCCUGGCCAGGCUGCUGCUUUCAGACUGCUUUCUCUCACUGCUGCCCCCGUACUCUUGUUUGCAAGAUGCUGAAUGAGUGUUAAGAAGCCAGGUGGCUUUUGUGUGCCCCACUGCCUCAAAACCCCUGAGGCCUUAAUAGAGAAACUUAGAAAUCAUGAGGAGCUCUUAGGGCUGACUGACCAGAGUGACUUUCUGCAGCCAUUGCCUCAAGGACCAGGAGUCAACUGGUGGCAAGCACUUAAAGUCCCCCUCCAGGCAGCUUCUGAAGCACUCUGUGGGUAGGGUCCCCACCUCCUGUGCAGGGGCAGCUGCUCAUCUGGACCAGUGGAGUGUUCCUGCUCACUGGUUGCUCAGCUCUGUCCUUGUUUCUUCCAGUUGAGUAUUGGCUUUUUUAUACUCUUAAGUCUGAGCCUUAUUGCAUGUGUAGAAGGUUCCCGAUUCAAAUAUCAAAUGUCUUAGCCUGGAUUAAUCAUACAGUUGCCAGAAAAGUUCCUGCAGGAAAAGGGAAGCUAUGGCUGCAGCAGUCUGCUUCCUGCACAAAGCCAGAACUGUGUGGGGAAACUUGGCACUUGCUAUUGAUCUGUUUGCUCAGCAGCUGAGCUGGCAUUCACCAACUACAUGUGUUGGUUUUGUAAAUAGACAGAAUGCAGCAGCAUUUUCUUUAAGGCGUGUUUGAUAUUUGACUCUUCCCGUGGGGUUGGUGAGCUCUGUGCACUGUUAGCUUGAAUCCCUCCCAAAAGAAGUGUAACAGAAGUUUACAGUUUUACAGCACUGCAUGUUGAACGUCAUCCUUAAAUUCUCCCCAGCAAUCACAUACAGCAAAUAGCAAGUAAAUACCAUGUGUGGUGAGUGUGUUCCCCUAAAGUCUGCAUGGUUCCAAGUAGCCAGCUAUUAUUUCAGCACGGCCAGGGUGCUGGGGGCCAUAGGGGGAUGUUGGAUUUACACACACAGAUUUCAAAGGGGCAAGAUUUGCCUCAAUUUCCAGAGGACUAAUGCUUUGAAUUUUUUUUUUAAAUCUUAAUUUUUCUAUGGUUAAAUUUGGAACUUGCCAUUUCUAAUGGAUUAGGGGCUGCAAACCCAAUGCUUUCCAGUGAUUUUUAGUACUUGGAGCAAAUACUCCAUUUAAUCCAAGGUAGCUGAUUUUGCUAUUCCAAAUCAGGUUUUAUACAGGGAGCCUGGCAGAGUAAGGAACUGCAUUGAUGGGGUCUGAACAGACACACAGAUUGGCACCUGGACAUCCUGGACUUCUGUGUCACUGUUUUUAAAAUAUAGGUAUCAUGUUGUACCAUGACUGGCUAACAGGUAAUGAACGUAGCAUUACUCAUCACCUGUAUUUUACUGAACAGAAAUAGGUAUCAUAGUUCCUGUAGUUAAUAGUAUAAAAUAUUAAUUAGUGCACAUGUGACAGUGAGAAAAAAGGAUAUUUUUUUUUUUUACCUUUGCUGUACUUGGCUGUAAGGUCCAGUCAUCCUCUGAAAGCUUAUUUUUGGCAUGUAUUUAAGUAGAUUUAGCAAUAAAACUUUCAUGUGAAUCUGACAUUAGCAGGUCUGCCAACCACUUAAAGCUCUAGAUGUUGACAGGGAUAAAUACAUGCAUGUUCUGCUAGAGUCAUUUGGAAAAAGCCAGCUCCCUGAGUCAUGUUUUUUAAAAAAAAAGUUUAAUUUUUUUCCUAACAGAGUUGUUAUCCCCUGUUGGUUUACUGAUGCCUGUCCCAGCCUGGCCUCACUGGCUCUGUGCCCGUUUGCUGUGUGGGCACGUGAUGCUGAUCAGAGAUGGAGGCUUUUUAACUCUGUAAUUAAAAAAUGGUAACUUAUGCUGAAAGCCUAAGUGAAUAGAUCUAAAAGUAAAAGUGAUUUUACUCCAGUCACACUUUGUGAUUGGAAUAAAAGAUUUUAUAGAAAUCACAACCUUUGCAAUAACAAAAAACCCCCACCCCAUAUCUCAGACUCUCGGGGAGGUGCUGGAUCUUAGAGCUGUGUCCCAGCCUCACCCAGGGAGUCCCACAGAGAGAUGAGAGAGCUGGUGUGAGCUGAGUACAUGGCUGUGGUCUUACAAGUUUUGGGAAUGGGUAUUAAAAUGUGGGAGUUCAGGCCCUCUUACACUUGAAUUAAGGGAAAUCUCUUCCCUACUGCAGUGGUAAUGGGGUUUAAUAUGAGAAGUCAUAUGAUAAAAUUACUGCUUACCUGGUAAUCAGUUAAAGAAUUAGCUGGAAUGUAUUAAAUUCCCUGUAUUCUUUAAGACAGACAGUGGUGUAAAAGCAAUUGUUUGGGACAAUUUUUUUUAACAUGACUUCGGCAAGAAAAUUUGGAGGACUAGAAGAGGAGCUCAAGUGGAACAGUCCAGUUACAUUUGUGUCUCUUUCCACAAACUAUUCCCAGGCCUUGCCUGUUACCUUUUGUCUGCACCAUGCUCAUCCUCAUUUCCUGAAGUGAAGGUGUAGUGCUGACAUCAGCGUGUCCUUCACAGACAGCACUGGAAGUAUUUUUUUACCCUUUGUACAUACUUGGGUACAACCCGAGUCUUCUACAAAUUCAGUGUUAGCUGCUCUCUCACAGACAGCCAGCAUUUCAAGCUCUAUCUGGGCACAAAGAGUGUUUGUUAGUCUAGAAAACUGUAGUGAAUUUUUUUAGCUGUUAGGCAGGGUAACAUCACGGCUUUCAAAUGCAGCUGGACAAUCAUUACCUUUAUACCAAAAAAAAAAAAAAAAAAAAAAAAAAAAUCCAUGCUAAUGGCCUUUCAGUGAUGCGAGUGUGAUCUGUGUGUGUUUGGUCCGAGUGUCAGUGCCGUGGGUGUAGGUACUGAGCCCUUCCCACCACGCUGCCGCGGAGGUAGAGUUGUUGUGAUGCCACCGAGUGCUCAUUGUCCCAGCGCUGAGGAGGAGGAUUCGGGCUGUGUCACUCAGCAGGCAGUGGCUGAACCGGGGGGUGGGCACUGCCCCCAGGGGUGGCAGCCCCGAGGCACCAGGGAGGGAUCUGCACGGUUCUCCUACAAGACCUGCCUCGGUUUUACUGUUUGGCUUGAGCACUCUGCUUCAUAAAUACACACACACAGACCACCUAUAACUGGACAAACUUAUUUUUAAAGUAAGUAAGGAUAU